AUGUUUGCUGUUUCCACGAGCAACGUUUCCACGCAGUUUGGCACUCAAACGAAGAAGAUUUCUUCCUCCGUCCGAUCGAGAAAGAGUUGCCAUCAACAAAAGAAAAUCGUCACCAUCACCAAGGCGGCUUUUAAGACUGACAACUCACAGAGGAUCUUCAAGGAGGCGCAAGACUUGUUGCCGGGAGGUGUAAACUCCCCCGUCAGAGCGUUCAAGUCCGUCGGCGGUCAACCGAUCGUUUUUGAUAGAGUUAAAGGACCAUAUGCGUUCGAUGUCGAUGGGAACAAGUACGUCGACUACGUCGGCUCAUGGGGUCCGGCCAUUUGCGGUCACGCCAAUGACCAAGUCAACGCGGCGUUGAUCAAGCAACUCGAAAAAGGUACCUCCUUCGGCGCACCGUGCGAGUUAGAAAACACUUUGGCGAAGAUGGUCAUCGACAGAGUUCCGUCCGUGGAAAUGGUUAGAUUUUGCAACUCUGGCACCGAAGCGUGCUUGUCCGUGUUGAGAGUCAUGCGUGCGCACACCGGUCGCGAGAAGAUUAUCAAGUUUGAGGGGUGCUACCACGGUCACGCGGAUCCGUUUUUGGUCCAAGCCGGUUCCGGCGUCAUGACUUUGGGUUUACCGGAUUCCCCGGGUGUCCCGAAAGGUGCUACUGGCACGACUUUGUGCGCGUCUUACAACGACAUCGAGUCCGUCAAGAAGAUCUUUGCGGAAAACAAGGAUGAAAUUGCGGGCGUCAUUCUUGAGCCAGUCGUCGGUAACUCUGGCUUCAUCGUCCCGGACAAGAGCUUUCUCGAAGGCUUGAGAACUGAAUGCGACGCCAACGGCGCGUUGUUGUGCUUCGACGAAGUCAUGACUGGAUUCCGUGUCGAUAAAGGAUGCGCGCAAGCGUACUUUGGUGUCACUCCGGAUUUGACCACGAUGGGUAAGGUUAUCGGUGGCGGUUUACCAGUUGGCGCCUACGGCGGUAAGAGAGAAAUCAUGGAAAUCGUCGCUCCUGCUGGUCCGAUGUACCAAGCGGGUACCUUGUCUGGUAACCCGUUGGCGAUGACUGCGGGUAUCGAAACUUUGAACAUCUUAUCUCAACCGGGUGCGUACGAAGAGAUGGACAGAAAGACGAAGACUUUGAUUGAAGGCAUCUUGAAAGCCGGUAAGGACAACGGCCACGCCGUCUGCGGGGGCAACAUCAGAGGCAUGUUCGGCUUCUUCUUCUGCGAAGGACCGGUGAAGAGCUUCCAAGACGCGACCAAGUCGGACUUGGACAAGUUUGGUAGAUGGCACAGAGGUAUGUUAGAGAGAGGCGUGUACUUGGCUCCGUCUCAAUACGAGGCUGGUUUCACCGGUAUGCAACACUCGGACGAAGACAUCGCGUACACCAUCAAAAUGGCGAACGAAGUCAUGGCUACGCUCUAA